ACACGUAUAUAUAUCGAUUGAGAGAAUCGUCUCAAACAAAUAUUUUUUUAUCGGGGAAAAGUGAUGAAGAGGUUGAUGAUGAUCAAGGGCGAUUUCGUGUCGAGGAAGAAGAAGAAGCCAACUCCAAACACAUCCAACGAUGAUGAUGAUGCGAUACUUCCAUAUGAUUUACUACUGAUAAUCGUGGCACGCGUUCCAGUAUCCUACUAUCGGACUCUGUCACUAGUCUCCAAGACCUUUCGAUCUAUGGUGGCAUCACCCGAGCUUUACAAGACCAGGUCACUCCUGGGCAUCACAGAGAGCUGUCUCUACGUGUGCUUGAGGUCCGGGUUCGGUUCUUACAAGUGGUACACCCUCUCCUCCUCCAAGACCAAGAGAAGUGGCGGCGGCUAUGUUUUAGCUAGAGUCCCAGUGGUGCCCGAUGACGACGACGAUGAUUUUUAUGUGUGUUAUUCAGAGCUUGUGGCUGUUGGUUCUGAUAUCUACGGCUUUAAGAAAUCAAAUACUGAGCAGACCUCCUCAUCAGGGGUCUCGAUUCUCGAUUGCAAGUCCCACACGUGGCGCAAGGCUCCACCCAUGCCAGUGGAGCUAGAUAAACUUUCCGCCAGGUUCGUUGGUGAAGAUGGGAAGAUAUAUGUGCUAGGGGGACGGUAUCGUGAAGAUUCGUUUAAGAUGUCGUCCCAGGGAUUCGACACAAACACGCAAACUUGGGAUCUCCCUUGCCACCGUGGAGUGGAUUGCUGCGGAAUGCCUUGUAUUGUUGAUAUCGACGGAAAGCUCCACGCGGUAACUCGUAUUUAUGACGGAAACCACGCGGUAACUGUCUUUGAUAAGGUGUUUGCUUUCAAUUCAAAGCAAGGUAGAUGGGACCUGGUUGAACGAUAUUCGAGGAUGAUGACUGAUCAUGUUAUGCGGCGCUCAGAAACCUGCUGCGAGAUAGAUAAUGUUCUCUACUCUGUUUCUUACGACGGAGCGCUGAGAUGGUACGACACCGACAAGAAAAGGUGGAGAGAUUUGAUGGGGCUGCCUGAGGUGUCUUAUCCUUCUGGUUAUGGUUCUUAUGUUAAAUUGACGGGUUAUGGUGGUGGAAAGAUGAUGGUUUUCUCCAAUAGAAAUUUAAGCAGCGGUCGCUUGUUGUCUCAACGUGACGACAUAUUUUGUGCGGAGAUAGCGCUUGAAAGACGCGAUGGAGACUGUUGGGGCAAAGUUGAGUGGUUUGGUAGUGUGCUUUCAGCCGUCCCUAAGGGAACUGAGUUCGUUAAGUUAAGUUUCUUAUACUCUUUGUCUUCAGUCCAUCAAAUGGGUUAAGGUGAUCGUCUCAGGCGAGUCUGUGAACAGCUCUUCAUCCUCUGUCAACAAACGAUUCUCUAAGAUAUACUUCCCCAAUCAAGUACCCAAAAAAGAGAGGUUUUGAUGGUUUUUUCUUACUCGGCCCAUUACAUCUCGGACCUUAAGAUGCUGGUCGUCUGAAACGGACACGUACAUAUGGUAGCAAGAAAAGAUAUUUGAUUGACAAUCAUCCCAGACAUAAUUUUCUCGCUGUGUGAA